CACUUAGUAGAACUCUAAAGAUUUGGUUAAAACCAUUGAAAAGCAUCCAGUUACAAUGCUAGUUGAAGGAGUAGGACAAGUAUUUUGAAACUUGCUGACAGAGAAAUUGGAACACCACUUCGGUUUGCCUGAAAUCUUUGUAGUCUAAUACACGUCUAAUGCUCUACAAUCUUUGCAGUCUAAUACACCUGGAUUCAGGAGCAAUGCUAGUCCCAAGGAACUUUUUUCUACAACGGCUGUCUAGAAACAUCCUCUAGAGAGAAAACUGGAAAUUACGUGCUAACAUCUUUUACCUAUGUGUUUUAAAUGUGCUGCAUUUUUUUUGUAAUCUGAGUUCAUGGAAAAUGUAUGUGCAACCAUUUUAUGUGGUAGUGUGAAGUCAAAAAUGCCAAAACCUGUAUAAUUUGCCAGCUCUCUGCUGCCCCCUGGUGGUGUCCUACUUCACAUACCCAAACUAAAUCUUCCUCUGAUAAUUUCUUGAGGUUGUUGAAAACCUAAAUCAGAGGUGUAGACAAGAUGCAUUCUGCCUUCUCCAAACUUGUCCUGCUCUUGUUUUCAAAUAGUCUUAGGCCUAACACCCAGAGGAGGAUUAGCCCUUGAGGCUCAUCAAUUUAGAGGAACUGUGAAGAUCUCUGGCAGGCCUCUUUAGCUUGUUCUUAAACUUGCCUGUAAGAACCACUUGGGGACACUUGUUUAAAAUCAGAUUCUGGAGCCUCACCUCAAACCCAUUAAAAUCUAAUCUAUGGGAAAGUGGCCUGUGAUUUUUAUUUUUAACUGCCUGCAGGUGAUUCUUACCAAUAGGCGAGCUAAGGAAUACUAGAGCUGUAAAUAGAACAGGUGUUGCUUCAGUAGACUGUAGGUAAUUAAUGAGAGGGAAUUUUGUGGCUGAAAGAGCCCCACAGCAAUAGGAAAAUAGGACCUAUGAAGCAGGAGUGGAAGAAAUCAGCUGUGUGUUUAAGCCUUGUGUGUCACUUUCUUGCCAGAUAUACCUGCUUUUUUUUUUUUUUGUGAGGAAGACUAGCUCUGAGCUAACAUCAGAUGCCAAUCCUCCUCUUUUUUCCUGAGGAAGAUUGGCCCUGGGCUAACAUCCCACUUACCUUCCUCUACUUUAUGUGGGACGCAGCCACAGCAUGGCUUGACAAGCGGUGUGUCGGUGUGUGCCUGGGAUUCGAACCUGCGAACCCCGGGCCACAGCAGCGGAGCGCGGGUACUUAACCGCUAUGCCACCGGGCCGGCCCCCAGAUAUACCUGCUUUUAGUGUGGCUGUAAUUGGCAUAAUAUCCCAUGCCAAAAUGCCUUUUGAGAAGAGAUAGAGGCAAACUAUAAAGUGAAAGCCAGUUUCUUCUCUGCAAUCUAGGCGAAAAGACUUUCACCCAAGGACAGAUCAGGUGCUGUUUUCAACUCUCAACUUUUGAUCAAGAAUAAAACUAUUUAAAAAUUAAGAUGCCAACAGAUCACGAAGAGCCCUGUGGUGCCAGGCACAGGUCAUUUUGCCUGAAUGGGGGGAUUUGUUAUGUGAUACCUACUAUUCCCAGCCCCUUUUGUAGAUGCAUUGAAAAUUAUACAGGAGCUCGUUGUGAAGAGAUUUUUCUCCCAAGCUCUAACAUCCAAACAAAAAGUGACCUGUUUGCAGCUUUCGUGGCAUUGGCUGUUCUUCUAGGAACUCUUAUCAUUGGAGCCCUCUACUUCCUUUGCAGGAAGGGCCACCUUCAGAGAGCCAAUGCAGUCCAGUAUGAUAUCAACCUGGUAGAGACAAACAGUACCAGUGCCCACCACAGUCAUGGAGAACACUGAGGAAAUAUCAAAGUGAACCAAAUCAUUGCUUCUUUGUUACAAAGGCAGAAAAUGAAACACCAUAAGGGAAAAGAAAUUAAAAGAUUUAAUCCUUCUUUCUUCCCUAAAUUAAAGACUUAAGUUGUCAUACCAUGAAACACAGUCUGUUCUGCUGCAAGGUAUGUGUGUUUCUGUAACGUAUAUUAUUUGCUGAUAUGUAACUGGUAAAUAGGGGAAUGGUAAAUAGGGGAAUGAUGUCAGUCCUAUGUAGAAGAUGCAUUGGUUCAAACAUUUUCCCCAGUAAACUAAUGUGUUGAAGGAAUCCGAGGCAAACUUUCUCAUAACUAAAGAGAAACUCUUAGCAAUGAAGACCCUAAGAAAAAAAGACAAAAAUCCUUUAAGUGCAAGGAGUGGUGGGUUUAGUGGCUUCAAAAACCACCCAAGUUAUCACUAUGUUAAGCUGUCUGGGAAGCUGCAAGUACAGAUAAGCUAUGAAGACAUUUCACCUGGUGAUUAAGAAAAAAGCAUUGAUUAAUGAAGAAGGCUACUUCUAGAUCAUGUUUAAUAUUGAUGAAAACAGUUUCUGUUAGAAGUGAUUGAUUGCAAGGUUCUAUAUCUGAAAGGAAGAAACACAACCCCAAAAGUUUAAGGCUGCAAAAGAUGGACUUAUUCUCAGUGCAGAUACUAGGGAAAAUUUAGAAUUUUUGUUUUUGUUACUGCUCAGAUUACAAAGUUCUGAACCUAUUUUCCCCAUAAGGCUUUUCAUUUUUAGGGUAUGAUUUUGCAGAAUAUGAGGUUUUCAUCUUAUUAUUGAAGAAUUCAUUAGGCCAGAACAAUUUCUCCAGUUUUUUCCAACUGUGAAGUUGCCCUGAAACAUGAUAGAAAGCAACAGCGACUUUCAGGAAGCAUGAAAAUAAACAGUUGUGGAGUAGUUUGGAACAGUGGGUAUUCUGAACACCAAAGGUCUGGGGCUGGUAAAUAGUUGAGGCAGAGGAGCCAGCACUGACCGAAUGAAUGAAACAGCCCUCCUGUGAACCAUUUCCUCUUCAAGACAAUUUCUCCACCUCCUCACCAACACGUAUUGUUUUCUAUUUGUUUUUUUAUAAUAGCCAUCCUAAUGGGUGUGAAGUGGUAUCUCAUUGUGGUUUUGAUUUGCAUUUCUCUAAUGAUUAGUGAUGUUGAGCAUCUUUUCAUGUGCUUAUUGGCCAUCUGUAUGUCUUCUUUGGAUACCUGUCUAUUCAAGUCCUGUUCCCAUUUCUUAAUCGAGUUGUCUUUUGUUGUUGUUGCAUUUUAGGAGCUCUUUAUAUAUUCUGGAUAUUAAUCCCUCAUUAGAUAUGUGAUUUGAAAAUAUUUUCUUGCAUUCUGUGGAUUUUUUUUAUCUACUCUGUUG